CAUAUCCUUGUCACAGCCCUUUACCACGGCCGUGUCGGAUACUAGAACGACUAUUAUAAUUUACUGCAGGGAAAUUCCGGAUGAAUACAUGUGGCCUCGGAAUAUCUCAACUAUAGUGUUGUUUAUAUACACUAAUAUCCCGGAUACAGAGUCUACAACCCACCUUACUCUAGCCGCGCUAUCGUCAGACCGACCAGCCUCAAGAACUGUGUCAUGAUGUAUAAUCUGCUAUGAGGCUGAUAGAGAUGACGAACGCAAGCAUGGCGUCGGCUCCUGGUUACAGUUACCACGACAAUGCCACACCAGAAUGGCUGAAAGGCCCUUGUCCCCGGACAGACAACUAUACCAGCCCCAACUGGAACUGGUUCCUUUGUAUCAGUGUCAUCAACACGCCGCUAGCCUCAUUCCUGGAUCGUUACGUUACGCCUAUGUGGUUAGUGAUUGGGUUUGUGGGAAAUAUAAUCACAAUGAAAAUUUGGUCGCAUCGGCGGAUGAAACAUAUCAAUACCUCUGCGUUGUACCUGACAGCGCUGGCGUCCACCGACCUGCUGUUGUUGUUCCUCUACAUACAACGCUACCUCCAUUUCACGUGGGGACUUCCGACGAUCGACGUCCCUAUAUGGUGUCCCACAUUCUUCGUCUUUUACAUGUUCGCUCAGUACAUGAGCCCGUUGCUCGUGUUUGGAUUCACGACGGAACGAUUCGUGUCUAUUGUCAGACCAUUUAAAAGUGAACGAUUUUCUCGUCAUCACCGAGCACCAAAGGAAAUUAUUGCUAUAGCGGUAUUCGCCUUCGCAUUGUCCCUACCCCAGGCCCACGGCUGGGUGUUCAAAAACUCGGUAUGUGGUGGGUCCGAAACCAAGUUUUUUGAGUAUUGGACAUGGAUUACGGAUGUACUACUAUUCUGUGUUGUUCCAAUCGCCACCUUCUUUCUAAAUAUUUUUGUUCUUAGAGUUGCGGCUAAAGCAACGAAACUGCGUAGAGAAUCCACUUGUCAUCAGGAAAAUGAUUCUGUACGAUCGUCGUCACGACGCUCAAAAAUAGCGCCAUCUACAGUAACGCUACUGUGUAUAUCAUUUUAUAGAAUAUUUACGACACUUCCGGUGGCCAUUUUGUUUGCGUUACAGUUCAGUGUUCCAGAAGGAUCGUAUGAUAUUCCAGUGUAUGAGAUGCACGUUGACCCUCAAUGGCGGGACUAUUUCUCGUGGUACACGGCUAAGACCAUCAUCGACACUAUCGGAUUGUCACAGUAUUCGUGCAACAUAUUCAUUUACCUGAUGACCGCGAGACAUUUCAGACACGAGUUCAUCAACACGUUCCGGAUCACAGCGUGUUGUGGUCCAGAAAAGAAACCCGGAAGUUUUCAUCGACAUACGUUCCUUACGAAUGGCUGCGGCCCCGGUGGUUAUGGCGGGGCGUCGACACGAAUUACAGAAUCUGACAUGUGAACAGAUUUCGGAACGUGUGUUUGAACUACAAUUUGACCAAAUACUAUAAACAUUUUUGUGACAAUAUACGUGUACGGAUAUCGAACGAGAUGAAAUUAUCCGUUUCUGAACCGUUACACGAAUUCUGAUCCAAGGAACGAACCGGCAUAUAUUCGUGUCUACAAAUAUGAUAGCUUUUAACAUUCUUAAACGACUUUGUAAACUUUCCCAGAAUGCAGUUCUCGAUGCAUAUGGCGGACUGCCGUUAUAUAAUUUACUGGAUCAUCGUGUUCCCGGAAGGAAAACGAUUAUAAAGUUCUAUACCGAAAAUACUCUAAUAAAAUUAUUUCUAAUUAGUGCAAAUACAAUGUGACAGAGGAUGUGCUGUGUAUCGGUGGAAAACAUGGGAAGCAUGUCAGUUGCGAUGUUCAUACUAAAUGGCACGCGAGGAUAACACUGAACACAACAGUAGUGCUUGUUAGUAUAUGUGCAAAGAAACGAAACUGUAGCGUUCUUGGAGGAGAGGAUGGAUAGAGGGAAUAAUAUAUAAACAUUUAUUUUUUAUUUUUUUGUUUAUGAAUGGGUGAGCUUAAUGUUAGGAAUUUAAAACUCGGUGAUUUGGUGCAUAUCAUAUGUGGACAUGAUUAUUAUCAAAGGGAGAGUUACGUAAGUUUAUUCUCUACAUAGAAGCCAAUACUGGGCAGAAAGCUUCGCUACUUGGCACAAUUCUUACUGCUGAGGAACUGUGUUAUAGUUUUACUAUAUUUUAUUCAUCUGCAGCAGUUCGAAACACUGCAAGGAAAUGCACUCCAUUGAAUAUACCUUAUGGCU